GCGCUGACCUGGCGCCCGCUGCCAAGGUGCUGGGUUACACGGUGCUGCCCGAUGGCGAGAUGGCUGCCGACAGCACCCGGCUGCAACUAGCCAAGUGCCUCCCGAACAAGGUGAAGCUGGCCUUCUCGCAGGACCGGGCCCUGCCAGGCUCAGAGCUCCAGCUGCGGGUGCAGGCUGCCCCCGGGUCCCUGUGCGCCGUCCGCGCCGUGGAUCAGAGCGUGCUGCUCACGAAGCCUGAGGCCGAGCUCAGCGUCGACACGGUCUAUAACCUGCUCCCGGAUUUUCCCCAAGGAGACUAUCCCGACGCAGUGCGAGAGCUGGAGUCAUGUGGUCCUUCGAGUCUAGUUCCUCACUGCCACGGCUUAGGUCCCUGGUGGAGGUGUCGCAGAGGGACUAGCAGCCGGACUCCCACACUGGCUAAUGCCUACAGCCUGUUUAAGGAUGCAGCUUUGAAAAUUCUCACCAACACCAAUGCCAAGCAGCCCUGUGAACAUGGGGAUCUGAGAGUCAAGCUGGGUGUUAUGGAGGUGAUCACAUGGGGUCCUGCAAUGCCCACUCGUGCUCGUGUGGAUGGUGAAGCAGAGAUCCCAGCGAUCAACGGCCUGCUAGCACCAGGACCCAGCACCCAGGAGGAGGCAGCGCCACGUGUGUACUUCCCAGAGACGUGGCUGUGGGACCUGGUGCCUGUGGGCGAGGGGGGCUCCAAGGACGUCCCAGUCUCGGUGCCCGACACCAUCACGGAGUGGAAAGCUGGGAUGUUCUGCACGGCGGAGCUGGGCUUUGGGCUCUCGCCCACGGCCACCUUCACGGCCUUCAAACCCUUCUUUGUGGAGCUGGCCUUGCCGUACUCCGUGAUCCGGGGAGAGGCCUUCGCCCUAAAGGCCACCGUCUUCAACUACCUGCGGCAGUGCAUCAAGGUGCGGGUGACGCUGGCAGAGUCUGCGCAGUUCCAGGUGCAGGCGGGCGAGGACGGUGCCUACACCAGCUGCCUCUGUGCAGACGAAGGGAAAACCUUCCAGUGGGAGGUGACGGCGAGCAGCCUGGGGGAGGUGAACUUCACCGUCAGCACCGAGGCUCUGCACACCGAGGAGCUGUGCGGCAACGAGCUGGCCGUGGUGCCGGCCCAGGGGCGAGUGGACACCGUGAUAAAGCCCCUGCUGGUCCAGCCGGGGGGGAUCCUGGAGGAGAAGGCGCACAGCUCCCUGCUCUGCCAGGAAGCCUCUGAAGAAAUCUCCUUGCAGCUGCCUGUGAACGUCCUGGCGGGGUCCGAGCGGGCCCACGUGACUGUCCUGGGAGACAUAAUGGGCACGGCUCUGCAGAACAUAGACCGCCUGCUGGCCAUGCCCUACGGCUGUGGAGAGCAGAACAUGGUCCGGUUCGCUCCCAACAUCUACAUCCAGCAGUACCUGGAGAAGAGCAGGCAGCUGAGCCCAGAGAUCAGAGACAAAGCCAAGGGAUUCCUCCAGAGCGGCUACCAGCGCGAGCUGCUCUAUAAGCACAACGACGGCUCUUACAGCGCCUUUGGGGAGAGCGACGCCACGGGCAACACCUGGCUGACGGCCUUCGUUCUCAAGUCCUUUGGUCAGGCGAGGCCCUACAUCUCGAUCGACGAGAAGCACCUAGAAGACGCCCUAAGGUGGCUGCAGCGUCACCAGCUGGAGAGCGGCUGCUUCCGCAGUGUGGGGAAGCUGUUGAACAACGCCCUGCAGGGCGGCGUGGUGGACGAGCUCUCUCUCUCGGCUUACAUCACGGCGGCGCUGCUGGAACUGGGGCAGCCGCUCAGGGACCCCACGGUGACCAGGGCCCUCCAGUGCCUCCGGGAGUCGAGCACCAGCGACCUCUACACGCAGGCGCUGCUGGCCUACGCCUUCGGGCUGGCGGGGAGCACUGAGCUGCGGAACGCCCUCCUGCAGCGCCUGGCCCAGCACAGCGUCAGCGCCGGGGGACAGCUCCACUGGCAGAGGAAGGUGAAGGCCCUGCCCAGCCCCUAUGGGAACCAGGCCCCGUCGGCGGAGGUGGAGAUGACGGCUUACGUGCUCCUGGCCUAUCUCUCCCUGCCCAACGUGUCUGCUGCCGACAUGGCGACCGCCGCCCAGAUCGUCCGCUGGCUCAGCAAGCAGCAGAACCCCUACGGGGGCUUCGCCUCCACGCAGGACACGGUGGUGGCCCUGCAGGCCCUGGCCAAAUACGCGGCCCUGACGUACAGCGCGAGCGGGGCUGUGUCGGUGACGGUGAGCUCCCAGGCCGGGGCCCGGCAGCGAUUCCACGUGGACAACGCCAACCGGCUGGUGCUGCAGCGAGCGGCCCUGCAGGAGAUCCCCGGGCAGUACACGGUGCGGGCCAGCGGCAAGGGCUGUGUCUUUGUGCAGCUGAUUCUGCGCUACAACGUGCCGCCCCCAAGGAGCGCCGCGACCUUUGACCUGCGGGUGGAGACGGAGCCGAAGGAGUGCACCGAGAGCGCCACAUCCCGCUUCAGCCUCAUGCUGCACGCCCGGUACAGCGGGAAGCGCCAUGCCACCAACAUGGCCAUCAUCGAGGCCAAGCUGCCGUCCGGCUACAUCCCCGUCCAGAGCUCCCUGCGGCAGCUGGAGAAGCAGCCUUUGGUGAAGAGGCUGGAGGUGCAGAACGACCAGGUGACGCUCUAUCUGGACCAGCUGACGAAGGAGGCGGCGAGUUUCACCUUCUCCCUGGAGCAGGAUUUCCCUGUGAAGAAUCUCAGAGCAGCCCCAGUGAGACUGUACGAUUACUACGAGACGGGUGAACACACAGAGGCUGAGUACAGCGCCCCCUGCGGCUCAGUCCCUGACGCCGACACGAUGGAAAAUUCCCACUGAAGGUCCCACCCCUGCUGGGCAGCCCCCUCCCCUCCCGUCCCAAGAGCCCCGCGCUGGCAGCCAACACCCCAGGAUCGAGGGGCACGGACAGGCCUCGUCUCAGCUGCUUCUCUUCCCCGAACCAGCUUCACUAUCCCCCUUAGCACCUUCUUCAGCCAACGCCUCCCCAUUCGCUCUGCAAACAUCCCACCUGCUCUCCCAUAUCUCAGCCCCCAGACCGGCCCGUGUGAUCCCAGCUGUCUGUCACACGCGGGGACCAGUGACUGCAGUGGGGACCCCUGGGGUUUGCUUCCCGUCCUGCCUGGAGCAGCAGGUUCAGUGUAAAACAAAAUAGAAAAACCCACCUCUU